AUGUUUUGCCGUUUCGCCCAUGUUGCAUUCUCGACCCCUGGCUUCGGCGGGCUCGAAGAAAGAAAGACGCGUUUGUUGUUCCUCCGCUCAGCCGUUGCGAUGUCCCGAACUAAAGCAAUGAUUGGGGCUGCCGUGCUCGCAAGCCCACUCGCCUUCAUCGCGCCUGCAGGCAGUCCUCAAGCUGCACCCCGUGCUGCUCUCCCUGGCACCGGAACAGAGACCCGAAACACAAAGUCGGGUGUAGCUGGGCCCAGUGCUGCUCUGGUGGCUACUGCUGGGCUUGCGGCUGCGGGUCGUCGGUGCUCGCGGCAGCAGCGUCGGGCCGAUGACGCCUACGGUGCUUCGCACACGUCCUUUUACACCGACGCCGUGGCAAAGGACAAGUACGACACCCUGGAGGAAGUUCUGGCCGACAAGCUGAAGGACGAAAAGCUGAAGGGCAUGGUGAACGAGCUGCUGGAUGCGUGCGUGAAGAUAACGGAGGCCUUGCGGGUGAACCUGGUCACCGUCAACGAUGCAUCCAACGCUUUCGGUGACCGACAGCUGACGGUAGAUGUCAUCGCAGAUAACCUGCUUUGGGACCUCGCAAAGUCUUCCAAGUACGUGUAUGAGGCCUCCUCCGAGGAGGAGCCAGAGAUCGUGCAGACCAAUAGCGAUGGUCAGUACGUUCUCUGUUGGGAUCCAUUGGAUGGAAGUUCUAUUGUAGACAACAACUGGGCCGUCGGCACGAUCGUUGGGGUUUGGGAUAAGUCAACUGGCCUCAUUGGAGCUACCGGCCGCGACCAGGUGAUGAGCCUCGUGGCCCUUUACGGUCCACGAACAACUGUGUUCAUCACGCUGGAUGAUGGCGUUUACGAGUUCACCCUGGGAGACGGCAACAAGUGGAUCUGCUCCCGUGACAAGAUCCAGAUCAAACCCGAGUGCAAGAUCUUUGCUCCCGCCAACAUGCGCGCGGCUCAGGAGGUGGACGGAUACAACAACUUGAUCAAUCACUACAUGACCAACAAGUUCACAUUACGCUACACUGGUGGUCUGGUGCCCGACGUGUGCCAGCAGUUUACCAAGGGCCAGGGCGUCUUCACCAACCCAACCUCCAAGGCGUCGCCAGCGAAGCUGCGCUUGGCCUUUGAGGCGGCUCCCUUCGGCCGGCUCGUGGAGAUGUCAGGCGGCAAGACCUCCGAUGGCGUCAGCGGCAAUAGUGUGCUGGACAUGAAGAUCACUGCAGUGGACCAGCGGACGGCUUUGGCCAUUGGAUCAGCUCAGGAAGUGCAGCGUUUCAACGAGAUGGUCCGGCAUGCACUAGCCAGCCAGAGCAAGGACGAGGGGACGCAGGAGUCAACCGUUGGUUGGGCUGCCGACCGCUGUUGGCCCGUAGGCGGCGAGGAUGCCGUGGCGCGGCUCGGUGCCAGGGUGCCCUUCUUUGGGCGGGUCCUGGUCCCAUCUGCAGAAGUCGCUGCAAGGAAGCUUUCGGAGGGCAGCUUGUGGUGUCCCGAGGAUGCCUGCCUGACCUAUGUUGACAAGUCCCCCGAUGAGGCUUCUGUGGCAGUCCUUUACAGGGAAGGUUGCCGUGAGAAGGUCUUGAAGCAUUUGUCAGCUUCCAGCGAGGAGGAGCUGAAGGGUUCCGGUGAGCUGCCUCCAGACCCAAAGGCCUUCAGCAAGGGCAGCAAAGCCUUGCCUCGGUCCUGGCUUCUGGCUCGGGAGCUCUUGGCGAUGAUGCUGGGGGCUGGAGCUGGGACCUUUGAUGCGCGCAGCAGAGCUGCCAUGAUUGAGAUGUUUGGCCACUUCGGCAUUCCCGAACAGGUGAUAGCUGGUUGGGAAUCCGAGAUUGGCGGCGCUCUAUUUGAGGCUUUGGAGGCCUCAAGCAUCCUCGAGGCCCAGAAGGCUGCGAGGGACAGCUGGAGGAAAAGUAAGGUGGCCAUGGCGGCGGCCGGCGGUGGGCUUGUCUUGGCCAUCACUGGUGGUCUUGCUGCGCCCAUCGUUGCACCGGCAUUGGCAACGGGUGCAGCAGCAGUCGGCGCACAGGCAGCGGCAGUUGGCGCAGCGGUCGGCCGGGCUCACAGCUCGUCAAUAAUAUAA